AUGGAUUACAAAGGCACAGAUCUCCACCAUGCAGCUCUUCGAUUUCGACUCCUCAGGCAACAAGGAUUUCCUACUUCGCAGGAUGGGUUUAGAAAGUUGAAGAACAAUGAAGGGAAGUUCAAGGAAUGGGUGUCGAGGGAUAGACAAGGACUGUUGAGCUUGUACGAAGCAUCACACUUGGCAUUCAAUGGAGAAGACAUAUUGGAAGAAGCCCUGAAUUUUGCGACGAAGAAUCUUAAAUCGUCGUCUAUCCACCCACACAAGGCCGACACUAUUUCACUCCAAAAGCAAAUCGACUUUGCUCUUCGCUUUCCUGCUUGGAAAUGUGUCCCAAGAUCACUUGCUAGGCACUCCAUAGAUUUCUAUUCCGAGGAUGCUUCGCAGAAUCAAAAACUUCUCACAUUUGCAAAGAUGGACUUCAACAUAGUCCAGAACUUGCAUCAGCAAGAGCUCUAUGAAAUCUCUGGCUGGUGGAGAAGUUUUCAUCUGGCGUCCAGUUUUCCAUUUGUAAGAGACAGACUUGUAGAGUGUUAUUACUGGAUGGUUUGUGUUUAUUUUGAGCCCAAACAUCGAUUGGCAAGAAUGAUAAGCACCAAGGUGUAUCAUACGUUGUCAAUCUUGGAUGACACGUGUGAUAACUUUGCUACAUAUGAAGAGCUUUUGGCCCUAUCAGAAGCUAUUGAAAGAAUGAAUGUUGGGGCUCUUGAAGAACUGCCUGAUAGGAUGAGGAAUACUUAUCGUCUCGUUCUUGAUCUGUAUGAUGAAUUGGAGAGGGAAAUUGGAAAGACGGGACCCACUUUCUCCAUCGAUUAUGCUAAGGGCGAGCUCAAGAAAUUGUGCCGAGCCUACUUAGUUGAUCUUGGGUGGCGCGUUGAAAGCAAGCUUCCAACCGUGGAAGAGUACAUUAUCAACGGAUACAACAGCUCCGGUGUGCCAAAAACUUGCACCUCUAAUUUCAUUGGCAUGGGAGCAGAAAUAGCCACCAGGGAGGCUUUUGAAUGGGUGACUAACGAAUCCAAACUGAUGAAAGCCUGCUCUGUAAUUGGUAGGCUUCAAAAUGACAUUUUCUCUCACGAGUAUGAGCAGAAGAGAAACCAUCCGGCUUCAGGCGUAGAAUGCUACAUGAAGCACCACGGAGCGACGGAAGAAGAAGCAGUCGAGUUCCUGUGGAAGAAGAUUCGCAACGCUUGGAAAGAUAUUGCCCAAGAGUAUCAGAAACCAACUCCGUUGCCGGUAGUUCUUAUGGAUCGUAUCCUCAAUUUGGCGCGUUCCUGCAACUUGUUCUAUGAGAAUGGUGACGGCUACACCGACUCCCGCCUCAUGAAGGAUGAACUCACCUCACUGCUCUUCGAUCCUGUGCCCCUUUAG